AUGAAUUCAACGGUCUCGAACUCCAUGGAUGACCAACUAGCCGAAUUCAGUUCCAUAUUCCCAAACGUUUUCUCAUCAUACCAAGUUCCAGGGUUGGACGUGACAAACAACUACACAGUAUCCAAUCGCCCAGACAAGACCCAAAGCACCAAUCCUGUCCAUUACGGCGAUCCGUCUUUCACGGGUCCCUGGAUGGAUCUGGGCACCGCUGCAUCCUCUCUACCAUCUACACUUUUCUCAACAAGUAAUGAACAAGCGAGAGGGCCUCAGAAGGAGAUUGUUCAAGAUAAGACGCACGGCUCUUCCUGCUAUGAACCUAAGCCGCAGUAA